CCCAUUUGAUACUCUUACGUUCAGAGACAUACAAAGAGUCAUUUUAACAGGCACAGAUAAACAGAAACCCCCCAGACUCACAGAGAUCAGCCCAUCGGAUCAGCAUAAUGGGUUGUAAUGUGCUUCUUCUGCUGAAAAUUCUACUAAUUUCAGAGUUUCACAGCCACUGUUCAUGCCUUUCACAUCAGUACCAUUUUGUAAACAUAAACCUGACCUGGACUGACGCCCAGGCUUACUGCAGACAGAACUACACUGACUUGGCUACCAUUGACAAUAUGGAGGAAAUGAAAAGACUGACUGAGUCUGUAGACUCUGGUUAUACUGGAGAGGCUUGGAUAGGACUGAAGAAUGGAAUAUCAUGGAGAUGGCAGUGGUCCUCAGGAGAAGAAGACACAGGGUACAUCAACUGGUCUACGAUUGCAACGUACAACCAGAAUAAUGGCAUGUACUGCGUUGAGAUGCCAGACGACGGUAUUUAGAAUAAUAUUAAUUGUUCAUAUUGGAGUACGAUGGGGUAUUUCAUCUGUUAUACUGCUCCCACCUAUGAAGACGGAAUAAAUGCUACCUGGAACUUCACCUUGAUUAACCAACAUAUGAAUUGGUCUGACACUCAGAGCUACUGCAGAUACAAUUACACAGACCUGGCCACUGUGAGGAAUCAAGAAGAUAAUGAUUUGAUACAAACAAUGGUUACAAAUGGCACUUGGGCAUGGAUUGGGUUGUUCCAGGAUACAUGGGAAUGGUCAGACCUGUCAAACUCCUCAUUCCGUAACUGGAAAAAUGCUGAAAAUGAUAAUGAGAAUAACGCAUGUGCUUUAGCUCAGGUCACCUGGCCUGGGACAUGGGAUGUGACUCCAUGUGAUGAAAAGCAUCCAUUCAUAUGCUAUGAUGAUAACCUGGUCUUGGUAAAUAGUAACAUGACCUGGAAUGAAGCCCUGAAUUACUGCAGAACGCACCAUUCGGACCUGGUGUCUGUCCACAAUGAGGAGAUCCAGUACUGGGUCAGUAGGAGAGCUGAGAAGGCCUCCACUGAUCAUGUCUGGCUGGGGCUGCGCUUCUCCUGCUACCUGAACUUCUGGUUCUGGGUCAGUGCAGAAAAUGUCUGCUACCAGAACUGGGAAACAAACAACAUAUCCAACAGUAACUUGUGUGGAACCACAGGGGCAGUACAAUCUAAAGACCCACAUUACUGGGUCAGCCUGCCUGAGACUAAGAAACUCAACUUCAUCUGCUCCAAAAGUCAGGUUGAUCCGCGAAUGCAGUACGUGCAAGAAUUGUUACAAUGUCUAAACGAAAAACUGCACAGAUGAAGUAUUUGCUUCCUGUGUUUCUGCUGUAGGGGUUGAAACCCCAGCUCUUGAUCUUCAGCACUGCAGAUUCAGAAUCAUAUAUGAUUAGAAGAGUGAUUGUGUACAGGGAGUCAAAUAUCUGUCAUUUCUUGUCAUUGUUGCAAUAAGAGUAGAAAUAAACAUCUGA